AAACAACACGUUCUAUUCUUGAAUUAACCAAAGGAACAUUGUAUUGCAUUUAUAUACGUUGUUUUGAGGUUUAAAAAACAAAUACAUGUUGGUAAAGAAGACGACCUAAUGAGUCUUUCAGGUAAUCCAUAUUCAUCCGCUCUGAGUUCCUGCCUCACGCGCAGUGAAGGGAGCGGAACCCGGAUGGAACUGUCAUGGCUGCCGUCACCGACCUGCCAGUCUGAAGAGAAAAAAGAGGAGCCUUUAUUCUAAAGCAUGGAGGUUGACCUGACAACAUCAGAUGAUCCCCCUGAAAGCCAUGACCAGAGCCAGGAUGAUGACACCUCACUGGACCACACUUUGCCUCUCGAGCUUCCAGAGACAGCCUCUUGCAAUGAGCAUUUUGACCAAGAUGACGCACCCCCUGAGGAGUCAGCCACUGAUAAUCUUCAAAUAGACAGCAAAGCUUCUGGAAAGACUCCAUGUAAGAUGCAGCAGGGUGCAAUCUUCUCUGGAAAAAUACUGAGUUUUUGUUGCUCAGAAUGCAAAGAUGACACCACUUACAGCCCUAACGACUUGCUGAAACAUUUUCAAGGUACACACAAGGGUACUCUUCCAACUUAUCCUUGUGAUCUCUGCUUGUUUGUCACCAAUGAAUUCUCAUCUCUUCAGCGACAUCGCAUCGGACAUCGAAACACUUUGGUAACGUGUGAGAUUUGCAACGAUGGGGUGCAGUAUUCGCUUCUUUUGCUCACCAGGCACUUUACCAACUGCCACAGCUGUAAUGGACAGUUUCGCUGUAAAAAGUGUGACUUCUCCACCCGAGAUGCAGGAACCUUUGUUCAACACAUUCAUCAUCACAACGAACGUAAUCACAAAUGUGUGAAAUGUCCGCAUGGUAGCCCCACACAAGGGGAGCUUCAGAGGCAUAAUGUGGUACAUUCUGGGACUUUUCCUUUCUCUUGUCAGAUUUGUGGAUAUAGUGCAGCUCGCAGAGAGUACCUGAACAAACAUCUUACUGUGGCACAUGGUGAGGAGAUGAACAAGUGGAGAACAAAUGAAGACAAUUCUGGAGUUAAUUCAUCUGGAGUAAAACUGUUGCUUAAAAAGUCUCCUCCAGUUGGAGGAUCCAGAGAACCGCAGUGGAUGUCAAAACUUAACUCAAUCCCUGGUGUAGGUCUGCUUGAUCAUAACGGCAGGUUGUUUAAUCCUGAAAAAGCCUUGGAGGAGACCAAGCAGUUCCUUGAAAGAGCUGUUGGGGUUAAAAAAGAGAGUAUUAAAUGGACAAAGUCUCCCCUAAAAACUGAGCCGCAAACUUUGCACCUCAUUCCAUCAACAACGCCACAACCAAAGAUUCAAGAGCUUGAGAUUAGUCCAGGUCUUCUGAAUUCAACCAACAGCAAUGGACUGACUGUUCUUAUGGUGAAAAAUAAAAUUUCUAUUCCCCCGAACUGCACCACUAAAGUCAUGGGCUUUAAGAUGGUAGAUGGUAAAAAACAUUUAGUUCUAAAAGUCAUACCGACAAAACAAGAGGACUCCACUGAAAAUGAGGUUUCUGAUUCACACAUCGGUGAUGAUGAAGAUAAAAUGACCAGCAGCCCCUGCUCUUCAUCUUCACCAAGCAUAGGAUCUCUCCUCAGUUUAGAAUCAGGAGACUCAAAUGAGACAUCUUCAAUAAAAGAAGAGUCACAGGAAGUUGAAAACCACAUUGGCAACCAUUUCCCAUUGACAGAGGAGCACAAAGUUAGCUUUGAGAGUGCAAGUAAAGAAGGCCAGGAUAAUAAUGAGGCUACCGUAGUCUUGCAUCGUGUUAAAGUACUGUCUGCAACAUCAAAAGAUGCUGCACUUUCCCGGUGUCAGAGCCAUCAAUCCAAUGGGAGGUCAUCACCUCAUCUUCAUGAGGUAUCUUCCCUGUGUUCAAGUGAGAAAUGCUCCACUGAUGAUAACCAGAUAGCCAGAACACUUCCUGUUUCAACUUCAGAGCUUUCCUCCACUGAUUCUGAGACAACACUUUCUGAUUUGCAGAUGGCUCAAGUUGGUUUAUCUAAGUAUGAGGCUACAGCUUUAGCUUCGUUUUUGGAUGAACCCUCAGGAUCACAGUCGCCUGCUGAUGAAACGACAGAUCCUGAUGCAGUUUCUGAUUUAAAAUCAGACCCUGAAAUGUCUGUAGAAGACAAAUCCACAAACACUGAUAUCCUGAAAUCUAAACUUCCAUCAAAAACAACUGCAGAUGCAAAAUUUUCAGUGCUGUCGGAGGUAUCUCUAUUCAGCUCAAAAUGUGGUGAACCACUUGGAAAUAGCAUUGAACCAAACUCCCCUAUUAAAAGUCCUGUCAAGAAGAACAUCCUUGAUUUAGUGCCUAAAGAAGGGAAGGACUCUGGUUCUGACAAAGUUGAGACCUUAUGUAAGAUGACUGAACUUAAGACCUCUGACGCAGAAGUUGGAGAGAGUUCUCAGUUUCACCCAAAUGCUCAUUAUGACUCGAGUGAGACUCCAGCCUCAGACAGUAUUGUUGUAAAGUCCUCUGAAGUAUCUAAAAAUGAAACCACAGUGGCAAACUUGCAAAAUGAAACCAGUAAAAGUGAAUCAACUGAAGCCAAAGAUUGUAACACAGAAGUUGAAAAUAACAUGCUCAGUUCUUCAAGUCAAGAGGUCUUUAGUUUCCACAAUUAUUCUAAAGAUACCUCUGGGAGCUCUCCUGAUUCAUUGCUGCCUGAGGAAGACUCACCGCAGGGGCUGGAGGAAGAAGAGUGUGAGGAGGAUUUUGGUGAUUGGAGCUUAACUUUGCCAGCAUCGCCACCUCUUCCAACUGAAGAAGACAACAAGGGAGGGGCUAAUGAGAGUGAUCUGGUCUCUGAAAGCGGGGAGAAAGCAUUAGAGAGAGUGUCAGAUAGUGAUAUUGAGGUUGAUGAGUGCAUAGCUACUGUCCAUGAUUCACUCAUUCCUGUGCUUCCAGAAAAAGGAGGAGAAGUGACUUGUUCAUCAGCACCAGAGGAGAAUCAGGAAGGUAUCACAUUUGCAAGCGAGAAUGCAGUGGCAAGCUUGAGUAGUGCGGCUGUUUUGGGCAAGAUACUUGAAAAGCACUCAGACGCCAUCAUCAGUCAGCAACUUGAAAAAGAAAGAAAGAGGUCUUCGGCUACAGUACAUGAAACUGUUAGGCCAACCAAAACCACACUUCGGAUCUUGCAGACACCUGAAGGAAAACAGCAGAUGUUCCUUCAAACUACAGACACUCCAUAUGCUGUGCCAGUUCAGCUGAAAAGUGGAGCCGGGUUCAAGCUAAUUACUAAAUCAUGUUCUCCCAAAAUUAAUGUGUCUUACGUGAAAUCCGGGAUUGAGAUGGCCAGCAAGGCUCCGGGAGUAGCUCUCACUUUAAAUGGAGGCAGAAUUGGCAUGUCUGCACAAAGUUCAAAUCUUGAAACUAAAGAUCAAGCAUCUGCCCAGAUGGCACCAAGUGGCAGUGGAAACCGCUACUUCGUCAGUGCUUCUGCUCUUAAAACAUCUCUUCUCUUAUCAGGUGCUGUCAAGUCCUCAUCUGGAGAACAGGUGACCAAUGUGCCACAGACUUGUUACUUAGUUCAGAGACCACUCCCUGUUACCUCUGUUAAUAGUGAGUCAAGUGGUUCAAGUUCUAAGACUGUGCUUGCAACUCAUCCUGUAUUGGCCAUGCCUGUGAAUGCAGCAGAAAAAAACAGUCCUUUGCAGACUGGGAGACAAGCUUACUUGGUUAGAUACAUAUCUCCUGCUAAGUCAGGUAUACUUUUGAACAAUUCAGACAGGAAAACUUUGAACCAGGGCAGGGUAAACGAGGGUGUCAAAAACAGGGUAUUCCUUAAGGUAGUUAGAGGCCCCAAUGGCACUAGAUAUCUCUCCACUGCUCCAUACACCACAUCCAAAAAGUCAGUAUACCUUACCACCAGCUCUUUGCAGUCACCUUGUUUGUUAAUGUCCUCAAAUAAAUCUUUAACCAGUGUGACGUCAGGUCUUCAAACCUCUACUAAUUCACAAGGUCUCAUUCAUAAACUCAUCCCCGCAUCCCAGCUUAAACAUAUUCUACCCCAGUCCAACGUUGAAAUCAAAAGCAGGGCUGAUCAUGAUGUAGCAUUACAGAAGUUGCCACUUGUUCCCUGUUCGAUCCGUCCACGAAGCCAAAGGAAACGGAGGCGAAGGGCUUUGUUUGAGGAAAUGCUGGAGAGCUCCUCCAAAAUGAGGAGGAUCUCAAGCAAGUUGUUGGCUGAGAAAGACGCUAACUCACUUUGGGAGCCUGUUGCAAAAGAUGUUGUGAGAACGCUGAGACUCUGUCCCUUUAAUCCACUUCAAGAAAUCAGAUGUCCCCAUCGAAACCAGCCUGUGGUUGUGCUGAACCAUCCAGAUGCAGACAUUCCUGAAGUUGCUAGCAUCAUGAGGUCAGUGAACAAAUACAAAGGUGAAGUUUUCAAAGUGGCACUGUCCCAAAAUACAGUUAAAGCCCUCUCUGAGUCUCCAAGAACACUUUCAAAGCAGAAUGCUUCCAAUGGCAGUAGGGGUGAAAGAUUAAGGGCAGUAGGAGGUGCUGUUCAAGAGAGAUUCAUUCUGAAACUUAAGUUAAAAAAGACUAGCAGAAAUAAAUAUGAGGUGGUGAGGUCCUCAUCUUCUGGUUCAGAGCAGCAGUCAACAUUUUGUUGCUGGUUUUGUGGCCGGGUCUUCAACAACCAAGAGGACUGGAUCGGCCAUGGUCAACGGCAUCUAAUGGAGGCAACAAGAGACUGGAAUAAGAUGCUCUAAUGCAAGUACACAGCCCCUGGAUUGGCUCAAAUGCUGUCCUUCAUUGUAGAAACAGAUUUUUUCAUAAUCUUUUCUUCUUUUAAUAGCACAGUAAGAUAAAGUUAACCUGUCGAUAAUAUUUUUCCAUAGAAUUUUCUUCAGAAACUUUUAAAGGGUAUAGUGUAUUAGAGAAGGGUUUGGUACCUGAAAUGAGUUUGUAUGUAAAUAAUUUUCACCCUUGUAUAUUUAAAUCUAAACCCUUGAGUAUGUAUAGAACGGAACUGUGAAAACUGGACACACUGUAUGUUUAUGGUGCAAGCAGAAAGAUCACUGGUAUAAGAUGGUGCUGUCUCUUUUAGACCUCUUUUAAUGCAGACAAUGGAAUCGAUUUCUCAGGUAAUUCCAUAAUUUUUGAAUGCGUGAAUGGUCCAGUUCAUAAAUAAUUAUCUUUCAUUCUGAAGCUGUGUUUGAUAGUUUAAGUUGACUACAUAUGUCAUACCUACAUCACUGAACCUAUUUUGAUUUCCAAUGAAGGUAAUGGGAUAAUUUUAAUGGGAUAGUUCACCCAAAAAUGAAAAUGUUAAUUUUCUCAAAUGUAUUUUUUCUCCCUCAUGUAGUUCUAAACCGGUACAACUUUUUGUUCUAUGAAACACACACACAAAAAAAAAACAUUCUGAAGAAUAUAUCACUAGUUUUUGUUCAUGCAAUUAAAGUCAGUUGGGUUCAAAACAACAGUAGACCCCACUGACUUUUAUUCUAUGGAAAAAAAAAAUAAAAAACUUCCACAGAACAAAGAAAGUCCUACAGGCUUGACGUGACAUGAGUUAGAGUAAAUGAUGAUAUAAUUUUCAUUUUGGGGUGAAAAAUCCCUUUAAGUAUUAUUUAGGAAUUGUGACAGACAUGAUAUUGCCUAAAAACAAACCCAACUGGUUCCUGUGGAAACCAUCCUGUUAAAAUUGUGUGUCCUUUGAGGUGGUUUGCCAUUAAUACGCAGUAUUUGUUCUCAUAUUGUUUCUUAGGGUCAGUUUCAUGUUUCACUGGUUCCAUGCAUCUCCCUUCAUUAUGUCAAAUCAGACCCGGUGUCAUUUCAGUAGCAAUAAUGGACUUUAUAAUAGUUGGAAUUUUUCUCUGUAAAGAUAUUCUGAACCUACAUCUGUUAGUUAUGGCUUUGGUGCUUUUUGUUGUCCUUUUCCAUAUUUGAAAUGAAGUAAUGCACUUGUAAAUGUUCUAUUAUUCUUUGCUAAAAAAAAAAAAAAGAUUGAAAACAGGAAAAGAAAACAGGAUGUAUUGAGAUGCAAGCCAACAAACCUCAAAAAGCCAACCAAACACUAACUGUAUUUUCAUUUUCUGUAAUACUUGAGUGCCUCAUUCUGCCUCAAAGUUUUAACAAGAGGGUCUGUUUUUCAUGAUGAAGUCCAGAUUUGUAAGAUUCUUGUUUGCUUAGCAGAGUUCAAAGUUUAAGUUGUGACCAUUCAUCCUCGCUACAUUGAUUUUUGUUUUCAACUGAUUUGUAAACCAUAAAAUGAGGAGUCUAGACUUCCUUCAAACUAUUUUUAGACUAUUUUUCCCAUUGAUAGUAUGAAAAUCAAGCCUUUUCAGUUUGUUCCAAAGAACAAAAUUGGUUUAUAGUUUACAUCACAAAUUGAGUUUAAAACAAAUAAUAAUAAAAAAAAAACUAUUGCGAUGGUCACCUGUUUUCGCAGAGGUAUAACAUUCAGUAUAUCCUUUGCAUUAAAAGCACGGUUUACUAAAAAUUGUAUGCAACUUUUGUUUUAAAUAUCAGCACUGUCAAGAACUGAUGGUGUACUCAGUGGUGCUUUUAAUCUGAGUCUUCUGAUUUUUGAGUUUAUUUUAUAUAAUUUCUCUUUAAAUUUAAUCUACACAAAGUCCUCAAGUUCUCCGAUCUGCCACACUUAAGUCUCCCUGAGAGAUCUCUCUUAUUGUUAGGAUGAUGUAUUAAUUUGUCUGUGUCCAUUAAUUGGUCUUUGUCUGUUGUGCUUGAAAGAGGCUUUGGUGGCAGAGAGGUAAUAAUCCAUCCUUGAUUUAAGUAGCUAGUGUUCACUGUUUUAUAGUUGUCAGAAUAAAUUUUUUUUUUUUUUUUUGAAGCUUUACUUUCCCAUGUUUGGUCAGUUAACUUUGUUUAUAACACAUGAGAAUGUUGUUGUUCUAUAGUUUUAUUUUCAAUAUUCAUUCUGUAUGUUUGUCACCCUUCUUGUGACAUGACAAUCACUGUUAUACAUGAAGUAGUGGAAUUGUUUAUGCAAACCAUAACAGUUGACUAAUAUUCAGCUCAAAUGGCCCAACUUGCAUGAAGACACGUCAUGAAUGAGCAAAAAUAUAGUCCUCACUCAGACACUUGUCAACCAAAUAAUGUUUGUCCUUAAGCAAAAAUGUCCUUCCUUCCUUGUUGUAAUGCCCAUGUCAUACAGGUUUUAUUGGGAUCUGAGAGACAAGUUUAUUUUUUUAUGCUAAGUGCCUAAAAUGUGAUGCACCAGGUUGACACUAUAUUGUACUGUACUGUAUUGUACCUCCUUGCAGUUCCUUCUUUAAUAAAUGUAAAUACCUUUGAAA